GGCCCGGGGGAGCUGACGCGGCCGAGGGGGCUGGACCGGCCGCCGGGGCCGCCGGGGCCGCCGGGGCCGCGGAGGGGCCAUGUCCGAGCCGCCCCCGCGGGGCGCUGAGCGCGACCUGUACCGGGACACGUGGGUGCGGUACCUGGGCUACGCCAAUGAGGUGGGGGAGGCCUUCCGCUCCAUGGUGCCCGCGGCCGUGGUGUGGCUGAGCUAUGGGGUGUCCAGCUCCUACGUGCUGGCUGACGCCAUCGACAAGGGCAAGAAGGCAGGAGAGGCGCCAAGCCCCGAAGCCGGCCGCAGCACCCGGGUGACCGUGGCCGUGGUGGACACCUUCGUAUGGCAGGCCCUGGCCUCCGUGGCCAUCCCCGGCUUCACCAUCAACCGCGUGUGCGCGGCCUCCCUCUACGUCCUGGGCGCCGCCACCCGCUGGCCCCUGGCCGCCCGCAAGUGGACCACCACCGCCCUGGGGCUGCUGGUCAUCCCCGUCAUCAUCCACCCCAUCGACAGGUCCGUGGACUUCCUCCUGGACUCCAGCCUGCGCAAGCUGUACCCCUCCUCGGAGAAGCCCAGCUCCUCCUGACCACAGCCUGGCCCCCGGCCCCGGGGGCUGGCCCACCCCCUGCUUUCCAACCUCCUCCUGCUGCCAGGGGGUUCGGAGCAUGGCUCCUUGGGGCCCAAGGCCCAGGCAGCUGAGCGGGUGUGAACUGGAUGAAAACAAGGACAAGAAGGAGCAGCCACCGCAGCGCCUCGGGGGCGAGAAGCCUUGAACCCCGGACUGGGUGAUACCGAGCGGCCGUGGGCCCGGUCUCUCUGACGGGAAGGAACAUCCUCCCCUGGAGGAGACGGGGGCUGAGCCCGCAGAGGGCGAGGAACCUGGCCAAGAUCACGUGGCGAGCUGGGGCCCCAGGACUCCCAGCGGCUCAGCCCGUCCGCCCGUGGCAGUGUGGCUGGACAGAGGGGCAGCGGGCACUGGGAGAAGCCGGGCAUGCCGCGUGGGGGACCCUGAGGCCUGAGCCUCUGGCCAGUUCAUCCCCCGAUCCUCGGGGCCGGGGCUGCUGGGCCUGGCCGGGAGGCAGGACAGCCCUGGUUUAAUAAAUCCUCAGGAAGUG